AUGGUAAAGGGAAUAAACCGAUGGCUGGAGUCAUGGAGAAGAUCGGAGAUCCCCUCCAUCCCUGAUGAUGAGCGAAGGGAUAGCAUCGCCAGUGUCCGCCUGUCCCUCACAGAGUUGGCAGGUCAAGGGGACCUCGAAGAAUUUGAACUCGUCUACAGGAGAGACCCUUCACAGUUGAAUGUCAAGGACGCCAAGGGGAAAGCACCUGUUCACCAUGCAUCUGCUAGAGGGCGCACAAACAUUCUGCAGUCAAUAGUGAAACAUGGUGGAGACUUGAAUCUGAAGGAUCACCAUGGCAACACCCCCUUGCAUUACGCCGUCGAGGCGUCACAGGUGGAAGGUAUCGAGUUCCUGUUGGACGCUGGCGCUGACAGCAACGUCCUCAACGACAAAAACAUGGCUGCCUUGCACGUGGCAGCUGAUGGGGGAUAUCUCAAGUCUCUCGAGGCGCUGGUGAAGCACAAGGAUGUCAACGUGAACCUACGGGGGGAGAUGGGAGGGACGCCGCUCCACUUCUGUGCUAAUAUGAACACGGGGGAAUGUGCACGGCUGCUGCUGGAGGCCGGCGCUCUACCCAACAUGAAGUGUGACAAUGGCUUUUAUCCCAUCCACGCUGCCGCCAAGUCGGCGUCCGCAGACACUCUCAGUGUCCUCAUCCAGGCCGCAAUCAAACGAGGCUACAAACGCGAUGAGAUUCUGUCCUUCCUGGACAAAGAGAACAACACGCCCCUCCACUCCGCUGUCCACAGUGGAGAGGAUGACGGGUCAACCCCUAUCCACUUCGCCUGCUCACAGGGGAAUCUCCCUAUGGUAUACCUCAUGGACGAGAUGCAGCCUGACAACUUCAUUGAUGCCCUCAGUGUCCGCGACAUCGACGACAUGACCCCACUUCACAGAGCCGCCAUCUUUAAUCACUUCAGUGUCGUAGAAUUUCUAAUGGAAAAGGGCGCUGAUAUGAAUGUCAAGGACACUCAGGCUAAGACGCCUCUCCUAUUGGCUGCUUCAAAGGGUGGCUGGGAGACAGUCACAUGUCUCCUUGGCAACAAGGCAGACAUGCAUGUGAAGGAUCAUCAAAACAGAAACUUUUUUACAUCUUGCAAUCAGGGGAUGCAGCAGUACCUGAACGAGAAGGAUGACUUUGGAUGCACACCUCUUCACUAUGCGUCCAAGGAGGGUCACUUGUUGGCCAUAGACGACCUCCUCAAGAUGGGAGCCGUCAUCAGUCCCAAGAAUAAUGAAAAACGGUCACCGUUCCAUUUCGCUGCAAGGAAUGGGCGAUUGAGCACGUGCCGGCGCCUACUGGACAGUGACCAAGGGGCAAGCAUCAUCAACGAGACGGACACACAUGGCCAGACUGGGCUCCACAUGGCGGCGGAGAGAGGACAUACGAAAGUUGUCAAACUGCUGCUACAGAAGGGAGCGAUGGCUGGAAGGGACUUUGAUGGGAACACUGCGCUCCACCUGGCGGCGUCCAGCGGCUACACACACUGCAUGAGGCUACUGCUGGGAGUGUACCCCCAUCUGCUGGACUUCAGCAACAACGAUGACGACACACCGCUCCAUCUGUCCGCGCUUCACGGCCACACCAGCGCCGUCACCCUCCUCAUGUCCAUGGGUGCCAGCUUUACACAGAAUGUUGACGAGAGGACGUUCUUCGACAACGCCAUCCAACAUGCAAGCGCUGACGUCGCCAUGGGCAUUGUCAUCCAUAAACGGUGGCAGGAAGCGAUGGAUAUGACGUCACCCCUGUAUGGGUGUCCAAUGGUGGGACUCAUAAGGCAGCUGCCCGAAGUCUGCAUGGUUGUGUUAGAACGCUGUCAGUCGCUGUCAAGCCUGGAUCCUCGGAGUAGGAACUAUUUCAUAGAUUUCAACUUCAAGUACCUGCGAUCUGCUAUUAAGCCCCUACUGGACAAGACCCAAGGCGGAGCGCCCCUCCAACCUAUGCCAGAGCUGAAUAUGAUGGUGAAGACCGGCAGAGUCGAGUGUCUCUCCCAUCCUGUGUGCGUCAACUUCCUCAGGAUGAAGUGGAACUACUAUGGUCGAUGGUACUGCUCCGUCUACCUCCUGAUCUACCUCACCUUCCUCGCUUUUCUCACCACAUUCGUCGUGAGCCACGACUCUUUGGACCACUUCGACGAGGGUAAAGUCGACAACGCCACCAUCAAGGUUCUGCACGGGAACCAUCUUGGCGGACACUAUUUCUCGCCUGUAUUCACCGUGUUGCUGUGGCUCAUCGAGGUCUUUGCCGCUCUCAACAUCCUCAAGGAGAUCUUCCAGAUGAUUACUGAGAGGUGGCGCUACUUCACAGACUGUCAGAACGUGCUGGAGUGGCUGUUGUACGUCCUCACCCUCGUCUUCGUGUCCCCCUUCCUGGCUCACUACUCCACACACUGGCAGUGGGAGGUCGGGGCAUUCGCAGUCUUCCUGGCUUGGUUCAACUGUCUGGUCUUCCUACAGAGGUUCGACUUCUUCGGCAUCUACGUGGUGAUGUUUGUGGAGAUCCUCAAGACUCUCCUGCAGGUCAUCGUCGUUUUCUCCAUCCUCGUCAUCGCCUUCGGCCUCGCAUUCUACAUCCUCAUGUCUCACGAAAAGUCGCAUGCGUAUUCGACCCCAGGGCUGGCGAUGUUGCGGUCGGUGACGAUGAUGUUGGAGAUGGAAUACAUGGACACCUACAACGAGCCGUACAACGACAACUCGGUUGUCACUCUUCACUAUGCCCAUGGCACCUUAUUCUUCAUGACAAUCUUCGUUCUCUUCAUGCCAAUCAUUCUCAUGAACCUCCUGAUCGGUCUUGCUGUAGGGGACAUCCAGAGUGUGCUGACCAAUGCUCGGUUACAGAGGCUGACACUCCAGGUGAACCUCCACUCGGACAUAGAGAGGAAGAUGCCGAGGGAGCUGCUGGUGAAGCUGGACAAGGAAACCUACAGAGUGUACCCCAACAGACGGAGGACCUUCCUCCAGAACUGUUUUGGGUUAUCUGUGGAAGGUCUCAUGGCCAUGCUUGUUUCACUACAGAUGUGGUCCAAGGUUAUGUCCUACGACAACGAGUUUAACGGCAUGGACGAGGGUCGAACCGCAGCCCACAACCAAUACGUCUACACGGAGCUGAACAAACAGAAGAACAGGUUGAAAGAGUUGUCGGGCACGAUGGAGCGGAACCAUGACCUCCUGCGUCAGAUUGCCCGGGGGAUGGACAUUCACUCGGAGGAAGAUGCCAGGGAUGAAGGCCUCGCCUCUGCCGAUAGUCUCCAGUCAUUGCUCUUCCCUGACGGCCAGUCGCUGGAGUGGUCGUCCACGUCACUUGGGAGGGUCAUGCUGCAGCAGUCCAUGGUGGUGGCCCGGUGGAAGCGGUUCGCUGGACGGGGGCGAGGGGGAGGAAGGCGGGGACGAGGGGGCAGGAGAUGA